AGCCGCGCUGCCUCCGCCCUCCUCGCCCACUCCGCCUCCAGGCAGCCAGCUCGUUAGUCUGCCGCUCACCGUCCCGCUGUUACGCGGAGCCUCGGCGUCUUUUUUUCCCCCCCAAGCCCUCGCGAGUCCUUCACGGGCCGCGCUUCGUCGGGAUUAAAGUCUUUGCGAACUUAGUUCUCCAGCUGCCCGCGACUGUCCAUGGAGAAAAUGGCCGGACUUCUUCCCAGCAACAUAACUUUCCUGCCGCCGACUCAUGGCGUCCUCAAGUCCCUGCUGGAGAAUCCCCUCAAGCUGCCCUUCCAGCACGACGAAGGCUUUGGCAAAGAGAAGAAGUUGGAGGAUGAGAGCGGCGUGGCCAACCCGCCACAGUCGGCCUUCCUGGGCCCCACCCUGUGGGACAAGACGCUGCCCUACGACGGCGACAACUUCCAGCUGGAGUACAUGGACCUGGAGGAGUUCCUUUCCGAGAACGGCAUUCCCGCCAACACGGCGCAGGGCGAGCAGCGAGCAGUGCCCCAGGCCACGCAGCCGCCCCAGGCCCCGCCUACGCCCUCCGUGGUGGACCUCAGCAGCCGCGCCACCACAUCCUUGCACACGGCCAUGUCGCAGCCCUGCCUCCACAGCCCUGGCGCCACAGCCCGGGACACGCCUAGCCCCAUCGACCCUGAGUCCAUUCAGGUGCCCCUGGCCUACGAGCCAGACCCGGCAGACCUGGCGCUGUCCAGCGUUCCCGGCCAGGCCGUGUUCGAUCCCAGAAAACGCAAGUUCUCCCCUGAGGAGCUGAAACCACAGCCCAUGAUCAAGAAGGCCCGCAAGAUCUUCAUCCCCGAAGACCUGAAGGACGACAAGUACUGGGCGCGGCGCAGAAAGAACAACGUGGCGGCCAAGCGUUCGCGGGACGCUCGGCGGCUGAAGGAGAACCAGAUCGCCAUCAGGGCCAGCUUCCUGGAGAAGGAGAACGCCGCCCUGCGCAUGGAGGUGUCCGACCUGCGGAAGGAGCUGGGCCGCUGCAAGAACAUUGUGGCCAAGUACCAGGCCCAGCACGGGCAGCUGUGAGGCCCCGCCCACUGCCUCGGCAUUCCCGCCCUUUGACCCCUGGCCCCACCUCCCUUUAAAGGACAAAGUGUCUCCUGGUGGCAACAACACACACAAAGUCAUUUUUCACUUUGUUCUCAGCCUCCUGCUAAAAAGCCAUGUGACCCGGGCACUUUUUUUUUAUCUUCUCGCUGCGCUAAGCUCCGCCCCUUCAGCCGCGGUUCACCAGUGAGCAAUAAAGCCGCCGCCCCCGUGCACUAAAGCCUCGCUCACAAUCCCCCCCCCAGCCCCCCGA